CAUCACCAUUACCCUUCACAAUAUAAAAUGAGUAAUGAAGAUUUACCACCAACAACACCACGACCGCCUCGUGAAAGCUUAUUACCAUCAUCACAACGUUGGGUCACCAAUUUGUACAGCAGUAACAGCACGUCUGAUCCUGAACCACCGAUCGAUAAUCCCUCAAUUCCAAACGAAGUGAACGCACAACUCAGGAAGGAUUAUGAACAGUUACAAAAAUUGAAUCAAAUAGCACAAGCAUUAACUGAAAAGCUCGAACAAACUCGCGGUAAUUUUGAGGCCUUCGAGGCCACGGUAGAUCAAACAGAUCAUUUGCUCGAUCUAUGGACAAACCUACUCUCACAGUCAGAGCGUACAAAACAACGACUCGAGGAUCCACAAUACCAAGGUUCGCAUAAUAGUACCACUAACACAACGCACACGCAUUCAUCGACCUCCUCUUUGCCACCGGGAUUACAACAGUUACAACAGCUGCAUCUUCACCACAGCCAUCCACAACAGCAACAACAAAACCUAAAACGUACUACAACAACAGCAAUGAGACGACAUACCCUUGCACCUUCCUCUUCUAUACAGCCACCAUCUCAACAUAAUCCUCCAUCUAAAAGAUUACGGCGUUCAACACUUGUACGCAAUCCCAAACGACAUUGAUUUAAUAUAAAUAGCACGAGACUAAUAAAACAACAACAAUGUACAUACGUAUAUGAGAUAUUUGCAAUGGAGAGAGACAGUAGCGACGCAGUACAGCGGUUAGACCUUUUUGCAUCAAUGGUUUGAGAUCAAUGAAGAAAAUAGUAAAUCAUGAUAUUUACUGGUAAGUGCG